AAGAGGCUGCUCACAUGCUUAUCAUAUGAGAUUCUCUUCUUAAAGUGUCGGCACCCCUUCUCCUCAGGGACUCUCGUCAACUUCCAGAAGGCAACCAGCAAGGCAAGAUGCAACAGCCUGGUCAUCCAGGAUUCUUGAGGGUCAAAAGGCUUGGAUAGAAAAGACAUUUUUCAAAAGAGAAUGCAUCUACAUGGUUGCCAACAGCAAAGACAGCAACAGAUGUUGCUGUGGUCAGCUCAUUAUGCAGCAUGUCCCACCUCCUCAGAAUGCAAUAGCCAACAAGACUGGAGAAGACAACAAACUGGAAGCUGUGCCUGAAAAAUGGUCUAUAGGUAAACACACCCAACUGAAUCCCACAGAUGCAUUCGGAAUACUGGAGUUCCAGGGAGGCGGACAUUCAAAUAAGGCCAUGUAUAUCCGGGUAUCUUACGAUACAAAGCCCGAUUCUCUACUUCACCUCAUGGUAAAAGAAUGGCAGCUAGAACUCCCUAAGCUUCUAAUCUCUGUGCAUGGUGGACUCCAGAACUUUGAAAUGCAGCCUAAACUAAAGCAAGUCUUUGGGAAAGGGUUAAUCAAAGCUGCUAUGACCACUGGGGCCUGGAUAUUCACUGGGGGCGUCAGUACAGGUGUAAUACGUCAUGUGGGCGAUGCCUUGAAAGAUCACUCUUCCAAGUCCAGAGGAAGAAUAUGUGCCAUAGGAAUUGCACCUUGGGGUAUUGUGGAAAACAAGGAGGAUCUUAUAGGAAAAGAUGUUACAAAACCUUAUCAAACCAUGUCUAAUCCUCUGAGUAAACUAUCUGUAUUGAAUAAUACUCAUACACACUUCAUAUUAGCGGAUAAUGGAACACUUGGAAAAUAUGGAGCAGAAGUCAAAUUAAGACGCCAGCUAGAAAAGCACAUAUCACUUCAGAAAAUCAACACUAGGCUAGGACAAGGUGUACCCGUGGUAGCACUCAUUGUGGAAGGAGGUCCUAAUGUUAUUUCCAUUGUCCUUGAAUGCCUGCGUGAAGAACCACCUAUCCCUGUAGUUGUUUGCGAUGGAAGUGGGCGAGCCUCUGACAUACUAUCUUUUGCCCACAAAUACUCAGAGGAAGCAGGGAUAAUCAGUGAAUCUCUUCGUGAUCAGCUUCUUGUUACAGUUCAGAAAACAUUUAACUACAGUCGGAAUCAGGCUCACCAGCUCUUCAUCGUCCUAAUGGAAUGUAUGAAGAAAAAAGAACUGAUUACUGUUUUCCGAAUGGGAUCAGAGGGCCAACAAGAUAUUGAAAUGGCUAUCCUCACAGCCCUUCUAAAAGGAACAAACGCCUCUGCUCCAGAUCAGCUUAGUUUAGCAUUAGCAUGGAAUAGAGUUGACAUUGCACGCAGCCAAAUUUUUGUAUUUGGACAUCAGUGGCCGCCUUUAGGAAGCCUUACAACAGCUGAUGGGUCCAAUCCAGAUAAAGAAAAGCGAUCACCUGUUCCACAAACUAAGGCACCCAGAGGCAAAGGCAAAGGCAAAAAGAAAGGCAAAGGAAAAGAGGAACCAGAGGAGGAGACAGAUCCCAGGAAGAUUGAGCUUCUGAACUGGGUUAACUCUCUAGAACAAGCUAUGAUGGAUGCACUGGUUCUAGAUCGGGUGGACUUUGUAAAGCUUCUCAUUGAGAAUGGAGUCAACAUGCAAAGGUUUCUCACCAUUCCUCGUCUAGAAGAACUGUACAAUACUAGAUUAGGCCCUGCAAAUACGCUGCAUUACCUUGUAAGAGAUGUAAAGAAGAGAAUCACUAGCGGAUUCGGAUGGGUUAACAUGGAGGGUAACCUUCCACCAGAUUAUCAUGUCAGUUUAAUUGACAUUGGCCUUGUGCUGGAGUACCUCAUGGGUGGGGCCUAUCGUUGUCAUUACACAAGAAAAACCUUCAGGACCCUCUACAACAACUUAUUUGGACCAAAGAGGCCAAAAGCCCUAAAACUUUUAGGAAUGGAGGCUCGUACAUCAUCACUCCCUGCCUCAUGUCCCUUUAUUGGUUCCUGUAGUAAAAACCUCUCCUACCUAUCCCUUUCCAAGUGAACCUAUUACUGUACAACAUCUGUAUGUCCAGCAAUUAAAAGAAGAUUUUUGCCUUUACUGAGGAUGAUGAACCUCCAAGUAAAGGGAAGAAAAAAAAGAAAAAAAAGGAGGAAGAAAUUGACAUUGAUGUGGAUGAUCCAGAAGUUAGCAGAUUCCAAUACCCCUUCCAUGAACUAAUGAUCUGGGC